GGGGUUUGAUGGUGGGCGAGACCUAGGCUGGGCGGGGCUUAGGCGGGGCGGGGAGCGCGGGAGAUUCGAACUUCCUUGCCGCCCAGUCUGUGUCAGCAGGAAACUGAAGUUGCCUGGUUGUUUUCCAGCCUGGCCUUGCGACUAACAGGGGUUCCGGGAGGGCUACAGAGAUGGUGGAAGGUCCAGGGUGUAGGCUGAAUGGAGAGAAGAUUCGAGCACGAGUGUUACCGGGACAGGCGGUGACUGCCGUGCGGGGAACAGCUCUGCAGAGCCUGCCGUGCGGGGAACAGCUCUGCAGUGCCCCAUCCCCCACAGCCUCCCCGGCUGGGGUCGCUAUCCCGGCUGCUCCAAUGAAUGCUAAGGAUUCUGGCUGGAAAUUCUUGAGACUGUUUAAUGGAUAUGUUUACAGUGGUGUGGAAACCUUAGGGAAGGAGCUGUUUAUGUACUUUGGCCCCAGAGCUUUACGGAUUCAUUUCGGGAUGAAAGGCUCCAUCUUGAUUAACCCCCGGGAGUGUAAAAAUAGAGGUGGAGUUUCUCCGGCUUUUGAAGUGCAGCUCACCAAUGACUUGAUCUGUUUCUUCGACUCUUCAGUAGAACUCAGAAAUUCAGUGGAAAGCCAACAGCGAGUCAGAAUGAUGGAAGAGUUGGAUGUGUGCUCAACCAAGUUCAGUUUCUCAAGAGCAGAAAAUGAAGUGAAAAGGCAGAGGGAUCGGAUGCUGUGUGAUGUGUUACUGGAUCAGAGAGUGCUGCCUGGCGUAGGGAACAUCAUCAAAAAUGAAGCUCUCUUUGACAGUCGUCUGCAUCCGGCUGUUAAGGUGUGUCAACUAUCAGACGAACAGGCCCAUCACCUUGUGAAGAUGACCCGGGAUUUCAGCAUUCUCUUCUACAGGUGCCAUAAAGCAGGAUCUGCCAUUUCUAAAUACUAUAAGGUUUACAAGCGUCCUAACUGUGAUCAGUGCCACAGCAAAAUUACUGUGUGUCGCUUAGGGGAGAACAGCAGGAUGACAUAUUUCUGUCCUCACUGUCAGAAGGAAAACCCUCAAGAUGUUCAAAUAUGCAAACUGCCAACAAGAAAUACUGAAAUCAGCUGGACUCCUAGGGGAGAGGAUUGCUUUAGGGACUCAGUGGCUCGGAAAUCUGAAGAGCAGUGGUCCUGCAUGGUCUGUACCCUCACAAACAGACCAUCAGCCAAGGCCUGUGAUGCUUGCUCGACCGUAAGGCCUGUUGAUCCAGUGCUUAAGAAUGGAGAGAAUUCCAUUGCCUUUAACAACUUAGUGAAGUACUCUUUUAAUAAGUUUGAGAACACACAUACUGAAGUAAAGAUCAACAGGAGAACUGUGUUUGGAAAUACGACCCUUGUUUUGACUGAUUUAAGCAAUAAAUCCAGUCCUUUGGCCAGAAAGAAAAGCCCAAACCAGACAAUAGAUGGGGAAUCUCAAAUUUUUCUUCCUACAGACGUAUGCUUUAGUGACCCACAGCACCCCUCCAAAGAAGGAAUAAACUAUAUAACUCAACUAUCCAAUAAGGUAAACAUAUCGCCUACAGUUUGUGCCCAGACUAAAUUAUUUAGUUCAGCACAUAAAAAAUUGAAAACAGCUCACUCUUCGGCAACAGAACUUAAAAGUUACAGCUCUGGACUUUCUAACAGUGAACUCCAAACCAAUAGAACACGCGGUCCUUGUUCCGUAAGUGCCGGCAGCCCCUUGUGCAAGACGCACGGCCGCCGCUGUGUUCUCCGAGUUGUGAGGAAGGAUGGAGAAAACAAGGGGAGGCAGUUUUAUGCCUGUUCUCUGCCCAGAGGAGCACAGUGCGGAUUUUUUGAAUGGGCAGACCUGUCCUUCCCAUUCUGCAGACAUGGGAAGCGCUCCAUCAUGAAAACCGUCUUGAAGAUUGGACCUAAUAAUGGGAAGAAUUUUUUCGUAUGUCCUAUGGAGAAAGAAAAGCAGUGUAAUUUUUUCCAGUGGGCAGAAAGUGGACCAGGAAUGGAAAUUAUUCCAGGAUGCUAAUAUUUUUCUGUUUUUAAAGAAUGUCUGAUAUAUAAACUCAUCAAACUCAUUACAUUUACUCCCUUUUGUUUAACAGAAAGCUUAUAGAACACCUGUGGUAUAUAUAGCAGUAUUUGAAGUGCAUUCUUUGUUUAAAUAUGUGGCCUUCACUUUUUUUGUUGUAAUAAUGAACACACUAUUUCACCUGAAGCACAGAACAUUCUCUGUAAAAUGCAUAUUCAAUAUAUUUAAUAAUGAUGACAAUAAAGUACUCUUAGUAUGUU